AAAGAUGACUGUAUUUUUUUUAAGAUUUUAUUUAUUCAUAGAGACAGAGAGAGAGGCAAAGACACAGGCAGAGGGAGAAGCACACAUCAUACAGAGAGCCUGAUGUGGGACUCGAUCCAGGGUCUCCAGGAGCACGCCCUGGGCUGCAGGCGGCGCUAAACCGCUGCGCCACCAGAGCUGCCCGAAAGAUGACUGUAUUAAACUUUCCUCAGACUGCCCUAACUUGAGUAUGGCCUGGCUCCCGGUGUGCGAGGACCAGAAGACCGAUGUGUUCCACUCAGCCCCCUCCUACCUCGUCUCAGCCAAAUGCAAGGCCACUCUCCGCUGGCCUUUGGUCCAUGCCAGCGCCCUGGCUGGCCUUCCAGGAUUCCAAGUCCAAGUGGCUCAGGCUAGAGCCUCAUUCCCGCAGGGCACUCCUCCUUUAUGACUUCACCCACUGAAGUCACCUGGGAGACAGUGCUUAACGUUCCACUCCAGAGUCUUGGCCUCUAGGAGGCAGGGACAGCAGGCCCGGCCGGCCCAGAGGACUUUCUGUCCACAGUGUAAAUGAGGACGCCACCGGCCCAUGUCCCACAAGGAUGUAGAGGGCAGCCUCAGAGGCACUGGGCGUUCCCGGCACCAUGGAUGACGCUGCCGUCCUCAAGCAACAAGGCUACAUCAUGGGGAUAAAUUUGGGAGAGGGCUCGUAUGCAAAAGUCAAAUCCGCUUACUCUGAGCGCCUGAAGUUCAACGUGGCGGUCAAGAUCAUCGACCGCAAGAAAGCCCCCAAGGACUUCUUGGAGAAAUUCCUUCCCCGGGAAAUUGAGAUUCUGGCCAUGCUAAACCACCGCUCCAUUGUCAAGACCUAUGAAAUCUUCGAGACAUCAGAUGGCAAGGUCUACAUCGUCAUGGAGCUCGGGGUCCAGGGCGACCUGCUCGAGUUCAUCAAAACCCGGGGAGCCCUGCACGAGGAUGAUGCUCGAAAGAAGUUCCAUCAGCUGUCCUCGGCCAUCAAGUACUGCCACGACCUGGACAUCGUCCACCGAGAUCUCAAGUGCGAGAACCUCCUCCUCGACAAGGACUUCAACAUCAAGCUGUCCGACUUCAGCUUCUCCAGGCGCUGCCUGCGGGAUGACAGCGGCCGCAUCAUCCUCAGCAAGACCUUCUGCGGGUCGGCGGCGUAUGCGGCCCCCGAGGUGCUGCAGGGCAUCCCCUACCAGCCCAAGGUGUAUGACAUCUGGAGCCUGGGCGUGAUCCUCUACAUCAUGGUCUGUGGCUCCAUGCCCUACGACGACUCCAACAUCAAGAAGAUGCUGCGCAUCCAGAAGGAGCACCGCGUCAACUUCCCCCUCUCCAAGCACCUGACGGGCGAGUGCAAGGACCUCAUCUACCGCAUGCUACAGCCCGACGUCAACCGGCGGCUGCACAUCGACGAGAUCCUCAGCCACUGCUGGGUGCAGCCCAAGACACGGGGCCUGUCCUCUGCAGCCAUCAACAAGGAGGGGGAGUGCUCCCGGGGUGCUGAGCCCUCGUGGACCCCUGAGACCCCCGACAGAAAGUCUGCCACUAAGGUGGAGCCCCGAGAGGAGGCACGGCCCGAGACAGAGCCCGAGACAAAACCCGAGGAGGAGGAGACGUUGCCAGUGCAGGUGUUGAGGCAGUCGGACACCACGGGCCUUAAUGGAGAGCUGCUAAGCAAGGAGACAGAGGAAGAGGCCCUCCCACAACCUUCGGAGACACACACCUCGUGAGCCUCUCUUGGCCCAGGGGGCCGGCAGAGAACGAAGCAGAGCUCAUGGCUUUGAGCCCGAGCUCCAAAGAAGCCAAGGGACAAGCCAAAGAAGGAAGACUGUCCUGGAUGAGCCACUAUUUUCGUCAGUUUCUCCUCCCUCCCCUUGAACUUGGUAACCCACAUGGCUAAAGAAGCAAUAAAUCACUGUAUUAGUGCAGACCCCAAGGUGAAUGUCUUUGCCCCAGCUGACCGCGGUCAUCCAGGGAGAGGAUCCUGGGCUCUCCCCGCCGCCACCCCACUCUCGGAUCGAUCGCACCGCAUUUCACCUCCAGUUUGGGAAAAUACAUCCCAGUGUGCCCAGCCCUGACUGUGACCUCAGGCCCUGGACCAGAGCAGAGAGCUGAGCAAGGAAGAUGCUGUUUCAAGAGGGAGGCCAUGAGUGCGGUGCUGGGGGCAGGGAGGGGGCAGCGAGGACAGAACCAAGAAGGGCAAGGGGGCUGCCUGCAGCAGAGAGGCGCUGUAGGCAGGGGCUCGUCUGCAGUUGGGGCUGAGGAUCUGGGCCCUCAACACCCCAGCACCACCGCCUUCACAAGGCUGUGGGUGGGGAGGGGGCCUGCAGGGGGCAGAUGGACAUGCCUCUCAGCCCCUCUGGAGCUCCCCACCCCAGUAGGCAACUCAUUUCUUUUGUUCUGUCCACCAGGGUUCCCCCCUCCUCCCGUGGCCAGCCAGCACCCAGGAUGCCCUGAGUCAUCCUGCCUGUGGUCAUUUCCCCUGCCCCACUGGAUGGCCCGGCUCCACCCGGCCUGUACGUCCCACAGUCACACUCUGUGUCCCCGACCACAUUCCAUUCCCUUCUAGUCCCAGUCUGUCCCCAGGGCUGAUGCUCCACGCCAGAGUGAAUAAGCAGACCGGUGUGCUCACAAUGCUUGCCGUGCCCUGCAGCCUUUAGAGGGAGCAGGCCUGCACUCAGCUUCGCUGGCUGCCAUGCCCUGCCUGGCCCACCCCGUGCUAUUCUCAGGCUGCUCCCUCUAACCUCAGCCACCGCAGCCGCUUUCUCUUCCUGCCCUGCACUCACCCUGCGGGUUUGACACAUCAAGAGGACAAGCGCCUUCAGACUUAUCCCCCUUCUGCCCACGUCAGUAUCUUGGAAAAACCCCAACCCCAGGCCCUGGGAGAGGUGAAGUCCAGUGAGGGCCCCGGCCCCACUCUCUUCGCACCCCUCCGCAAAGCACUCCACCUCUCUGCCUUGCUCCUGCCCUCCCCACAGCCACCUUCACACAUUCUACAUCUUCCUAUCUCCAUGUUCCUGUGUGUCUUCUCGAACACACGACUUGGCUACUGCCAUGGCCUCUAC